UGUUGUGCUCCGCUGCUUCAACCCAUCAAAGCCCAAGUCGGAGACAAGUCCUUGUUUUGGUAAAAACUAUUCUUACUGAUAAACUAUUCCUCUACUUCUACACUCCGCGAUCUGAAAAGAAUUCUCAGCGCAAAAAUCCGUGUUCUUUGUUUGUUUUUUUGGGUCAAUUUCCCAGCUGUUAUUUCUCCAUUGCCAGCCAACCAUUUCUUCACUAGGCCUAUCAGUGUUUUUUCUUUGCUUCGUCCGCCGACAAUUAUAGAUCUUUCGUACACAAACAAGAACCCCGCAAAAAUCCCAUUUCAUUUGAUUAUUAUAAUUGCUGUUUUCCAUUUCUGGCUCGAGAUCGCUAGACCCAGUAUAUCUUUCUACUGGGCCGGAGGUGGAAAUUUUACAGACAGACAUUGGAGGCGGAGGGAAGAGAUAACCGACUUGUUUAGAGUGAGUUUUUGUUGUUGAUGAGGUGGUGUACAAUGAGAGUGUGAUAGCUAGGAUUCUGGGUUUUGUUUCUUUAUUUGUGGAAUUGUAAAGAUGGCGGCUGCGACGGCGGCAGCGGCGGCGACGGUGACAGCGGCGGAGGUAGGUGCAGCUGUUGCUGCGACGUCGGGUUCGUACAAGGGGAUGUCAUCUGACAAUGUAAAAGGAUUGGUUUUGGCUUUAUCUUCCAGCUUUUUCAUUGGCGCCAGCUUCAUUGUUAAGAAGAAAGGAUUAAAGAAAGCCGGUGCUUCCGGCGUCAGAGCUGGAGUUGGAGGCUAUUCGUAUCUAUAUGAGCCACUAUGGUGGAUAGGCAUGACAGCAAUGAUUGUUGGAGAAAUUGCAAAUUUUGCAGCUUAUGCAUUUGCCCCAGCCAUUCUUGUUACCCCUCUUGGUGCACUCAGCAUUAUUAUCAGUGCUGUACUUGCACAUAUUAUUUUACGGGAGAGGCUACACCUUUUUGGUAUUCUCGGUUGUGCUUUAUGUGUUGUGGGGUCUACCACAAUUGUCCUACAUGCUCCACAUGAACGUCAGAUUGAAUCUGUGAGAGAAGUUUGGGACCUUGCCACUGAGCCAGCUUUUCUCUUAUACGCCGCACUGGUGAUAGCAAUCGUCUUCAUUCUAAUAUUUCAUUAUAUUCCACAAUAUGGACAGACGCAUAUAUUGUUCUACAUUGGUGUUUGUUCACUGGUUGGAUCAUUGUCGGUUAUGAGUGUCAAAGCACUAGGAAUUGCAUUGAAGCUAACAUUGUCAGGAACAAACCAGUUAAUUUACCCCCAGACCUGGACCUUUGCUAUGGUUGUCACUGUUUGUGUCCUCACACAAAUGAAUUACCUCAAUAAGGCUCUCGACACAUUCAACACCGCUGUCGUUUCACCUAUUUACUACGUCAUGUUUACAUCAUUGACUAUCUUGGCAAGUGUGAUCAUGUUCAAGGACUGGGACAGGCAGAACCUAACUCAGAUUGUCACAGAAAUGUGUGGAUUUGUGACUAUUCUUUCUGGAACCUUUCUUCUUCACAAAACGAAAGACAUGGCUGAUGGUUGCAUAUCAACAGCCACGAGACUUCCUAAACAUGCUGAUGAGGAGGAUGGCUUUGGCCAAGAAGGCAUCCCUUUAAAGCGGCAGGAAUCGGCAAGAACACCCUAAUGUAAUUCUUUAUUGCAACUUGUUUUUGUCAAAAGCCCAGCUGGUAAAAUCAAGCUCUUUUGGAGAAGAGACCACACCCAUGUCAUAUUGUAUUUAUCAGAUACUGGAAUCUCCCAACACAAUUUUUUCUUCAAGUGAAAGGGAAGGAAUGUUUCUUUUCU